CCUAUGUUGUGUGUCCUGUGUUGAUAAAACGUCCUGUUUCUGCCGUGUGAGGAAAAUAUUAUUAAAUAUUGUAGCUGCGUGUACAUAACAAAGAAAUAUAGUAUUCAUAUGAUGUGAUUGUUAAGAACGAAGAUCUAUAGGACUGCAGUAAUAUAGGCUGCGUGUAACUGUAACAUUCAUUGUUUAAUAACAACACCCCUUUCUAGUCAACAUGACUUCAAUUUUCGACCAGUACGAGCAGGCGUCGCAGGGUUCACAGCGCCCCAAGCACGUCACCGAGCCCAUGGUGUCCUCGGGAUAUAUAAACAUGCAACUAGAAGACAAUACACCAAUGUUUGCGAAGAAAAAAAUGAUGUUGAAUAAUCUGUCUGAUUUGAUAACUCAUGCGGCUGUUUCCAACGAUUAUUUGGUGUUGGCUAUGGCCAAUGGUAAUUUGUUUAGGCUGGAUCUAAAGAGACCUGACUGUGGAGAAGAAAUCCAGUACUCAAAAUUUGUGCAACCAAAUUCUAAACUAACUGGCAUCUUCCUCGAUCCAUUGGGCCAUCACCUGCUAAUGGCAUUCUCUCCAAGAGUUAAAGAUGGCAACCCUGAGCUCAUAUACUUGAAUCAAAAGAGUUUGAAGUUCAAGCAGGUUAAUAAGCCUAAGAAUGUUGAAGUGACCGAGGUCGGUUGGAACUGGGAGAAUAGGUCUGAGACUUCAACGGGACCAAUACUGUUGGGGACAUCACAAGGUCAUCUCCUUGAAUCUGAAUUGGAUGCUGAGAGUGAGAAAAUGUUUAUAGCCAGCCAUCAGUACUGGAGAGAGAUCUUUCACAUUGGCAAAGGAACAGAUAUGCCAAUAACAGGGAUACAAUUCCAUAGAGUCAACAAUACGAACAAAUACUUUAUAUUCAUCACAACACCGACCAGACUGUACCAGUUUAUUGGCGAUACACUCAUGAAGGACGACAAGCCAUCAUUACAAACUAUAUUCCACCCUUACCUGACUAUUCCUGAGACUGGAUACCAAGAAAUACCUUCAAAUUUAAAGUAUUCCAAACUGCAGUUCUUUUUCGAUAAAAAUGAAGCACCGAAGACAUUCGCCUGGUUAACGGAGCCUGGAAUAUUUUAUGGGCAGUUGGACCCAAGCUCGCAACAGAACUCAAACUCGCUGUUCACACAAGGAGCUCUAAUCUCAUAUCCAACUGGAGGCGAAGAAAAAGAAAACGCACCGCUCUCGUUUGUCCUCACAGAAUUCCAUGUCCUACUCAUGUACUCAGACCGAGUCAAAGUAGUCUCACUGUUAAGUCAAGAGCUAGUCUUCGAAGACAAGUACUCUGAGGCUCACGGAAAGCUAAAGAACAUAGUCAGAGAUACGAAGAAGCGAACGAUCUGGGCCAUCACAGACAAGUCAGUAUUCAGAUACAAAGUCGUACGAGAAGAACGCAAUCUAUGGAUCAUUUACUCAGACAAAGAACAAUUCGAUUUAGCCAAAGAGUACUGUUACAAUAACCCAGCUUACAUAGACAUCAUCAACGUGAAACAAGCUGAACUGCUGUUCACCAAAGGCGAAUACGAGAAAAGCGCGGAAAUAUUCGCAGAAACGCAAAAAAGUUUCGAAACAAUAUGCCUUAAAUUUCUGGAGGUGGAUGAAACGAAUGCCUUGAAAGUGUAUUUGUCGAACAGAUUAGAUACUUUAAAAGAAGACGAUAAAACUUUAAUUUCCAUGUUAGUAAUUUGGAUGACUGAGUUGUAUUUGUCUAAGUUAGGGCUGUUGAGGAGAACAGGGAAGCAAGACACUGAGGAGUACCACCAGCUCCAAAGUAAUUUCGAAGUGUUCCUCUUGCACCCGAAAGUGUGCAAAUGCAUGCAGCACGUGAAGUCUGUCGUGUAUGACCUGAUGGCGUCACAUGGUGACAAACAGAAUCUCAUCAAACUGACGAUCAUUAACGAGGACUAUGAGAAUGUUGUCGCUCAAUACAUUUAUAAGAAGUCGUACCUCGAGGCCAUAGAGACAUUGAAAACGCUGAAGAAACCUGAGUUGUUUUACCAGUUCGCUCCUGUUCUUAUGGAGGAGUGCCCUAAGCAUACAGUAACGACUUUGAUCUCUCAAGGAUCGAGUCUGAGUGCCUCUAAACUGUUGCCAGCUUUCCUGUCGUGUCGGAAUGAUGAGGCUCAUGUGACCGAGAUCAUAAGGUACUUGGAGUUCAUUCUGCAACACUACAAUGUGAAAGACAAGGCGAUCCACAACUAUUUGCUGACUUUGUACGCGGAGCAUGAUCAUGACGCAUUGACGCGAUACUUGGCGCGGCAAGGACAGAAUGUUGUGUAUGUUAACUAUGACGUGCACUAUGCUUUAAGAUUAUGCCGCGAGAAGAACCUCUCAGAAGCCUGCGUCAAACUUUCAGCGUUACUAGGACUAUGGGACUCGGCAGUGGAACUGGCGCUGCAGGUGAACAUCGGUCUCGCCAAGUCCAUAGCCGCCAUGCCGGAGUCCGAGGAACUGCAAAGACAACUAUGGCUCAAUAUAGCUGAAAGUGUGAUUACGAAGAACCAGGACAUGAAGGAAGCGAUGAGCUUCUUGGAGGAGUGCCAGCUCAUCAAGAUCGAGGACAUCCUGCCGUUUUUCAGCGACGUGGUCACCAUCGACCACUUCAGACAACCCAUCUGCCAGUCGCUACAGGAAAAUAAUAACGAAAUAAACAAAAUGAAAGCUGAAAUGGAAGAGGCGAUGGCAUCGGCUGAAUAUGUGCGCGCCGAGAUCCAGUCGUUCCGCAACCGCAGCGUGUCGGUGUUGGUGUCGGACGUGUGCUGCCUGUGCGACAUCGCGCUGCUGCUGCGCCCCUUCUACCUGUUCCCCUGCGGACACAAGUUCCACAGCGACUGCCUCACCGCUGAGACCCUGCCGAUACUCAAGCCGGCUCGUCGCAACAAGCUGACCGACCUACAGCGUCAGCUCUCCGUACUCUCCAACAUAGAGCUAUCCACCAUCACGUCCAAUGGGCUCCCGCUGCGAGAAAUCCUAAGGAACGAGAUCGAUGACAUAGUAGCCAGCGAGUGCAUUUUCUGCGGCGAGUACAUGAUCAACUGCAUCGACAAGCCUUUCAUAUCCGAUGAGGAUUGGGACCGUGUCAUGAAGGAAUGGGAGUAAAAUGGGAGUUUUAGUACAUAAUACUUUAAUAACUCGAGUUGAUAAUAGAUGGCGCUGUGCAAUCUAUAGAAAUCUAGCCAAGUGCAUUAUAAAAUAUUUGUGAGUUGCAAUACAGAUCAUGUACUACCUGAAACCUCUUUGCCCAUUGACAGUUGUGAGAGGAUCAGAUCAGGAAUUUGUGUAGUUUACUAUUGACUACUACUGGUCUCGUGAGAAAGCUUAAUAACUUGAAGAGCGGAGCUGCACUUUAAAAGCGCCACUUGUAGGUAUUUGAAUAUUAUAUCCAGUUUUUUCAUCAAUACACUAGUGCUUAGUCGUUCCGCAUGGAGAAGCGUAGUGUAACAUAUUGUGUUUUUAACGAGAACUAUUUUGCCAUUAUUAAGCAUGUAUAUUCUUUGCUAGACUGACAUGUUGAGUGAUUAAUCAAGUAUCGUAUGUAUAUUACAAUGUUUAUAAUAGAUAAUGGACUGAAAAGUAAAAUAUUCCUCUUAGUAAAUCUACUGCAUAUGUAAUAUUGUUAUAAGCUUUGAGUAUGUUAUGUAAUAUAUUAAUGACAUGU